AUGGUAUUCGAUGACAGUCAUUGAGUGGAUAGGCCUCAAUUAAAGUUUCCGUCAAGUCGUGGUAUCUACAUGUACGUCGUAAUAGAGAAGCCGGGUUUUUAUCGAAAAUAAACAGGAGAAACAUCAUGGCCAAGGUUAAUGUUCUACAUCGACUAUUCUCCGUCUGGAUCUUGACAAGAAUAGUAUUCAGCCAAGCAGCAAAUGUCAGACUUAAGAAUGGACUUACCCCAAGAGAGGGAAGAGUCGAGGUUCGCAUUAAUGGAACUUGGGGUACACUCUGUGACGACAGCUUUGACAUCAACGACGCCCAUGCCAUCUGCAGGAGCCUGGGCUUCACUGGGGCACUUGGUACCACAUCACUUUCGGAGUUUGGGCCGAGUUCUUUAAAGGUUCACCCACUUGAGCUGCGGUGUAACGGGGAUGAAUCUAGCUUCAUGGAAUGUCCCAGGGGUGUCUUAGAGCUCCAUUCAGUGGGGUGCGGCUCUAAUCUUAAUGAGGCUGGCGUUAGAUGCUCAGAUUGCCAAGACGUCAAUCCUAAUUGCGAACAAUGGGCCAGUCAAGGGGCCUGUGAAUCUUACCCUGGAGAAAUAUUACCCGUCUGUCAGAGUAGUUGCGACCAGUGUACCCUUCUCAGCAUAAAUGAUUCAUUGUCAUUGCUUCCGGAAGAGGAAAAGUGCGUAACAGGACAUUGCUUUCUUGAUUCCAAUAAUGAAACAAAGUGCAUACCAGCUGUUGAUAUCUGCGUGACUGCGGGAUGGUAUCAAGGAGUGCUGUGUGUACCGACUCCGAUUGCACCAACUCCAUCAUCUGUGCGAUGUAUGAAUUUAUCCAAUGAACGCACCAGGACCUCGCUAUCUGCUUUCGGCCUGACGGAAACAUUGAGAGACAGAUUGGAGGGACUCGCCCAUACAACAAUGGCAGUAGAUCAAGAUAUAGACAAGGCUCUAAAACAGCUUGCCGGUCUCUACACAUACAUUCAGCUUCACAAUCUAGAACUCCAUCCCGAACACAUAUUGAGCAGACAGAGUCAGGCUACUCUCUUAUUCCUAUUCGAUAUGUAUUUACUGUCCAUUGAAGACAAUGCCUUCAUUGGAUUUCCAAGGCUUCAAACACUAAUCUUGGGGACAAACAAUAUACGGGAAAUCAGAAACACGGCGUUCACCGGUUUAGAGCAAUUGCAAUAUCUGAAUCUUCGACAUAACGAGAUAUCUUCCAUUGAGAACGGCACGUUCACACAUUUGAACAAUCUGUUCUUCUUGUGA